AAAGUUGGAAAGCUGGAGUUUGAAUUUUAUGUGUAUGGAAUUUCGGUGAAAGUUUAUUUAAAAUGUUUUCAAAGAUAUAAGAGGCUAUGACUAUCGAUCAAAUCAAGAACAUGAUGAAACCACUGGGUAAAACUUGUGUAUCAAAAGUAGGGCUCAGUCCAGAGUUACAGGAGCAACAUAGAAAUAGAGAAUUUCCAGAAGAUAGAACCUUCAUGUGUUACAUGCAUUGUAUGGCAAAAAUGACAAAAGUUUUCGACAAAAAUAAUAAUUUCAAUUUAGAAGGUACAUUUAAACAAACAAAAAUAGUAUUGCCAGAAGAGAUGAUAGAAGAUUCAUUAAAUGCCUAUACAACUUGUUAUCCUAAAGCCACAAGUGAUGAUCCUUGUGAAAAGGCUUAUCAAUUUGGGAAAUGUUAUUGUGAAACGGAUGCAAAGAGUUACUUUUACAGAAUGACUAUGACACAAAUUAGAAAUGCUAUGAAACCACUGGGUAAAAAAUGUCUAGAAAAAACGGGUCUUAGCCCAGAGGUACAAGCCGGACAACACAAGGGAGAAUUUCCAGAAGAUGAAGCUCUAAUGUGUUAUCAUUCGUGUCUUCUUAAAUUGGCAAAAAUCUCUGAUAAAAAUGGUAACAUUAAUUUGAAUACUAUACUCAAGCAAGCAGAUUUAAUGAUGCCUGAAGAUUCAGUAGCUCGUGCAAAAGCUGUUACUACAGAUUGUUUUGGUGAAAUGACCAACAGUUAUCGAGUGAGUGUAUUAAGUGCAAGGAAAUACAAAAUGAAAAAUACUCUUUUCUUCACCCUUGCUGCGGCUUUUUUAUUAGGAUAUAAUAUCCCACAUGUUGAAUCUAGAAUGAGUAUGGCACAAAUAAUAAAUACUAUGAAACCAUUGGGCAAAACUUGUGCAGCCAAAACUGGACUUAGUAAAGAGAUUCAAGAUGGACAACACGAAGGACAAUUUCCAGAAGAGGAAGCUCUUAUGUGUUAUCAUACAUGUUUGCUUAAGAUGGCUAAAGUUGCUGACAAAGCUGGAAAAUUAAAUAUAGACGCGAUGAUUAAACAAAUCGAUAUGUUGAUGCCCGAAGAAUUGGUAGACAGAGCAAAAACAGCUUGUUCAGGUUGCGCUAAUGAAGUUACUGCAACUGAGGGUUGUAAACCGAGUUGGGAAUUCAUGAAGUGCUGGUACAGUAAAGAACCAGAGUUAUACUUCUUCCCGUAAAACAAAAUCAUUAAAAAAUUAAAAUCUAUCAGUAAUGACAUAAAAUUAAAAAAUUG